CGUGAUUCUUUUACAGGCGCUUGUUCGCUCUGCUUCAUCUUCAUCCGUCCAUGGCUUCUCUUCCUUUCAGACUGCUUCCUCGUUCUUUCUCUUUCUCCAAAUCUGAAACCCUAGGAACAUCUCUGCGUGCUUCUUCUACUGGUUCUCUUUCAAUCUCUACAACUUCGUGUCCUUCUUCAAUUCCUGCUGAGGUGAUAAGAAAACGGAGAAAGGAAAGCGGUUCAAGCACUCGUUCGUAACUGUAUGUGUCUCAUCUACUCUCUUCGUUUUCUUCGAUUCUUUUUCUGACUGUGAGUUUCUCUUUUGUCUUCGAUGUGUUCUCUUUCGUUUUUUGUUUUGAUUUCUUUUCGGAGGGGAAUGAUCAGGCAAGGCCUCGGGACAAGACGAAAGGGACGCCGAGACGAAAUCAAGAUCGAGAUUGAUGAGUCUCUUUUCUCUAGAUAAUCUUGGAGCAUUCUAAUUCUGUUUAUUUGAAUGUGUUUUUAGAUUCAGAAGUCUACUCGAAGGAUGGUCUCUCUCUCUCUCUCUCUCGCCUCCUCUUGCUUUUAACCAUUUCCGAGGAAGACUCUGAGUUUUGCUGCUUCAUAGAUAAUCUUUGCGUCAUUAUCAGGCGUUUGUUUCGAAGGGAAUAUAAGUAAUCUUCCUCCUCCAUCUUAUCGAAAGCUUGAGUUGAGCUAUUUGAGAUGGUUUUACAAGUUUCUUUCCAAUUGUCUUAGUUUGGUUUUACAAGCAAGCCUCAAUUGCUUGUUCAUCUGCUAAGAUCUGAGCGGAGUUUGGGACGAUUUAUCCAUUACUCUCUCUGUAAUAGACUAACGGAGAUUACCUAGUUUAUUGCACAUCAUACCUUUUAAAAAUAUAAACAAAGAGUAGUUACAACCUCGGAUAGACUGUUUCCUGUGACAAACAAACGGUGAAGUAAUCUUUGCCGGCUUUUGCAAAUGAUAUAUUUCUUAAUUCGAUUUCAGCCGUCUAUGUUGCUUUUUAUAUGUGUUUUGGAGGUUUCUAAUGUCUCUCUAUAGAUCGAAAAUGUCUUUCCUGAUUCAUCAGUAUCAGCCAAAGCCUUUUAGAUAGCUAUGUCAGUAUCAGAGAUAACUGAGGAUGAAGAAGAGGUAUCUAAGUUUAUUGAUCCUGAAGUCCAAAAGGAAAGAAUCCGACAAAUACUCAAGUACCAGAAAUCUGUGUAUUCUUCAUCUUCAUCUUCAUCUUCAUCUUCAUCUUCAUCUUCAUCUUCUUCUAUCUCAACCUCGGCAUCAUCUUCCAGAAGCUGUAGUUUACUAGACUUGAUGAAAGCAGGAAACACUUCUCUCAGGAGAUUAUUUGACAUGCAGCAUACUAGUUUGGCCACCUAUUUUGAUAAGUACAGUGGAUCACCCACGAUAAAGCCUAUACCAUUAUGGGGCAGUGAUUCUGAUGUAGAAACCUGUGAUGCUUGGGCAUCCAUCAAGAUCGGACUCUCACAUGAUUCUAGAUCUCGCGGAACUAAUUGCACAUCAAAUGGUAUUUUCAUGGACAGAAACACAGGGCCUCGGAAUAGCACGGUAAGGGUUAACAAACACAAGUUAACUAGGAAAAAGUCAUUUCGGAAGCUACCUGGAUUUGGUCUGCUAUGGAGAAGCGGAAGAUUUAGAGUCCGGAUCAGGUGGAGACGACUUCGAAUUAUGAUAUGUGGCCCCAGCUCCGGCUAGUGAAUUCGACGGUGAUGACUGAUCAUUUCUGCCGAUCAAGGUAUUUCAAUGGAAAGCUAGAAUUGGGUCCAUUUGACCCUAUUUUGAUAUUACAGCUGCGUUUUGACCAUAGCUGAUCAAACCGAUCCUAAUGUAUCUUGAUUUAGUGGUUCUGAAAUAUUUUCUAGCGGUGUCAUACUACCUGGUGUCUGGCUUUAAUACCAUUUGUAACAGUCCAAUCCUCGU